AGGUUUACAGAAAAGCCUUUCUGAAGUGAGGUAAGAAAAUAAUUGGCUAAUAGAGUGGGAGUUCAACUACCCAAAACUUUGAAAAGGAGUAGAGCCACCCUAGACCCUGAAAUAAGCGCCCAGAAGUGCAGAAGUGAAAAACAGGUGCAUCCUCUGAAGGUUCAAGGAUGAUCCCUCUUGGUUCUUUUCCCUCUGCCUGGCCCGAGAGCUCCCCCUCCCAGCCAGAGUUCCAGCAUCCUCCUAGUCCUAGAAGCUAUUCUCGAGGUCAUUGCUCCGGCCAGAGAGCCUGGGGGGUGUCGGCUUAGGGCGCAGAGGGGCAGCUGCUGCAACAGUGAUAUGGAGCUGAAGGGCGGUCGGGAGAAGGAAGGGGAGGAAGAGGAAGAGAAGGCAGAUUCAGCCACGGCAGGCGUACUAGGGACAUGAGGUCCCAGUCGGAGGAGCGGGAGAGCAGCAGCAGCAACAGCAGCAGCAGCGACAGCAGUAGUAGCAGUAGCAGAAGUAAGAGGACGCGGGAGUCGCCAAACCUCGAGAAGUUCCAGCGCGUUCAGGGCAAGAAGAAGCGCAAAGGGGUCCGUGUGGUCGGCUUGAGUCAGCAGCGGCAGGCGGCCAACGCCCGGGAGAGAGACCGCACUCACAGCGUCAACAGUGCUUUCACUGCACUCCGUACCCUCAUCCCCACAGAACCGGCGGAUCGCAAACUCUCUAAAAUCGAGACCCUGCGCCUGGCAGCCAGCUACAUCUCCCAUCUGGCAAAUGUGCUUUUGUUCCCACCCGAGUCGCUCGGGGGUCGCCAGGCCCACCCGCCGCUACACUAUCUGCCCUGCCUGCGGGACAGCGAAGGGGGUACUGGUGGCAGAAGCGUAGGAGCCCCGCGGCCCAUCUGCACCUUCUGCCUCAGUCACCAGAGGAGGGUGUACAAAGAAGGGGAGAAGCAAUGAUCUAUUUAAAGUAUAUGUGGACAAUCCCUCAGAUGAGAAGCUUGUACAAGUAUUGCACUGAAUAAUGAAAUGAUUUAUGAAACUUCUUGGUAUCCACAGAAUAUGUUUACAUGAAAUACAUUAAAUUAUGUAAAGAAAUCAUGUUUUGACACAUGCAUGAAAAAAACAACCAACUUACUCUUAUAUUGUGCAAAUUUAUUCAGGUCAUCCUGCAAAUGAAA